AAACCAAGAUUCAGCUCGUUAUAAUUCAUCAAGUUCUGGUCACGACUCUCUGUCCUGUCUUUUGUCCAAUUUUUUAGGAUGUUCUACUUCUUCUUUGACUCACGGAACAGCGCAAAUGACCCGGUAGUCAUUUGGUUAACCGGAGGGCCUGGAUGUAGCUGUUCAUUGGCACUGUUCUAUGAGAACGGCCCUUUUCAUAUUGCCAACAACUUGUCUCUUGUGUGGAAUGAUUAUGGUUGGGACCAGGUGUCGAAUCUCAUCUUCGUCGAUCAGCCUACUGGAACUGGUUUCAGUUACUCCACUGACGAGCGUGACAUUCGACAUGAUGAGCAAGGUGUCAGCAAUGACUUAUACGACUUCUUGCAGGCGUUCUUUGCAGCGCAUCCUCAACUUGUCAAGAACGAUUUUUACAUAACCGGAGAAUCAUACGCUGGGCACUACAUUCCUGCUUUUGCUGCUCGUGUUCAGCAAGGGAACAAGGCAAAGGAAGGAAUUCACAUAAACUUAAAGGGGUUUGCAAUUGGCAAUGGCCUAACCAAUCCUGAGAUCCAGUAUGAAGCAUACACAGAUUAUGCUUUAAACAUGAAGUUAAUCACAGAGUCCGAUCAUGACAGCAUAAACACAAUGCUCCCAGAAUGCAAACAAGGGAUUAAACAGUGUGCUACCAAGGGUGGAGAUGCCUGUGAGUUAGCAUUGAUCGAUUGCAACGGUAUUUUCAAUGAGAUCAGGGACAUUACAGGGAACAUAAACGUAUCUAUUUUUCCCCUGACAGAAGCUUUCUAA